UAUUUUACAGUUGCAGAGAAUUAACAUCAACAUGAGGUUGAUUUUUGGCCUGGCAGUUGUGUUGUGCUUCAUCAUGACAGAAUGCCUGAGUGAUGGACAGCAAACACAUGAUCCAUUUGAUAGCCCAACAUUAUUUGUGGAUGAUUUGCUCAAGGAUUAUGACAAACUGAGAAGACCUGGUUCUCUGAGUGAACCAGUAACAGUGCAGGUGUCCAUGUACAUAAUGAAGAUAGAGGACAUUGAUUUGCAUUCAGAGACAAUGACUUUCAAUGGAUACUUCAGGAGCCAGUUCAAGGAUGAAAGACUGAAACACAGCAAUCCUAGAGCCUUUGUCACAACAGACACUGACACCAUGCACAGGUUUUGGGAGCCAGAUUUGUUUGUGGAGAAUGCUCAAGAGACCAGUUGGCAUGAGUGGCCAGUGCCUAAUGCCUUCCUCAGCAUCACUGAUACUGGGGAAGUGAAAAUCAGUCGCAGGUUACAGAUGAGGGUGCAUUGUGAGGAGAACAUGUCUUCAUUCCCAAUGGAUGACGUGGUUUGCUCCAUUCACAUUUCCACUUAUGGAACAACAAUGGAUUCCAUAAUAGUCAAAGGGCUUGAUUCUGAAGGAAAGAACUCUGGCUUUGGAUUGGACUCAAAAGUGGUCCCCAUUGGCUACAAAUUCAAAGACAUCACAGUGAAUGAAGAAACUGUGGAAUUUAGAGGAAUCAAGUACUCCAAAGUUGUAGUUAAUGUGGCAUUUGAGAGACUGAGAGGAAGUUAUGUGGCAUUGGACUACUUCACUGGAACAACAUGUUUCAUCAUAUUUGUCAUCAUGGUUUCCUCAACAUUCUUGGAGAAUUUUACUGAACCUGAUGCAAAGUUGCCAUUCAUCCCAGGCCCUGCUGCCAUUUGGACAGAAAGGGUCAGAAUGGGAACCAAAUUUGGCAUCCCCUUGUUCUACACCCUGUUCCAUGUGAUUUUCUGGAUCACUUAUUUGAGUUGAGGAAUAUGCUCUUGAUUGGAUAUUAUUCCGAAAUUUGCUUCAGUGAAAGUUGGUUUGAAUGCUUUGUGCAGUUUGUUUUGGCCAUACAUGUUAAUAAUAAAAGGCAAUUUGUGUAUCCUGA